AUGAUUACCACAUUUGUUGUUGCUGUGUUCUGCAUAACUGCAGCAGUUUCGGCUUUCGCAUUAGACAAUACUCGUAAUCGAAAGUUAUUUGUUGGUAGCAUAAGCUUCUGUGUUUCUGUUGCAUUAUACGGUUCUCCUCUCGUUGCGAUGAAGAACGUUAUAAAAACAAAGAGUGUGGAGUUUAUGCCAUUACCGUUAUCUCUAUGUGCUUUCUCAGCUAGCGUAUUAUGGUUAGGUUACGGAAUCCUCGUUCGCGAUGUGUUCAUCGCGGGUCCAACUGUGGUUGGAAUUCCAUUGAGUAUUUUGCAGCUUGUGAUUUACUUCAAAUACAGGAAAGAGAGAGUUGUGGAUGAAGCUGAAAUUGGGGAUUUGGAAAAGGGUGGGUUAGAGUUAGAGAAGGUGGUGGAGUUGGAUUUGGAUUUGGGGAAAGUGGAAAAGAAUGUCACAAAUUGUGAACAAUUUUGA